AUGGGCUGCAUGAAGUCCAAGCAGACCUUCCCCUUCCCCUCCACCAUCGAGAGGUGUGAGCCGCGGGUGCCGACGCCCGUCACCCAGGACGGGGAGGACGUGGAGGAGGUGGAGGUGGAGGAGGUGGCGGAGGUGGAGGAGGCGGAGGUGGAGGAGGUGCAGGCGGUGGAGGAGGCGGAGGAGCCCGCACAGCCCGCGGAGCCCAAAGUCGUGGUGUCCGAGUUCGCGCACCGCCUGUCGCAGGAGAUCCUGAGUGGCGCCCUGCAGCAGUGGGCGGAUGGCAACGCCAAGUACGCGGACAUCCCGUUCAUCGAGAGCGACGGCCUGGGCGUGGCCCAGCGAUGACGGCGGGGCUGCGGGCAGAGUCGGUGCUGGUUCACAUACAUGAAACAGAAGCAAAGCGUUGUAUGAAUAAACACAUGUGACUCCUUCUAAGUAAAGGCCAGUCUAUGACAAUCGCCACAGCACAGGCCCCAGUGAAAUGUGUCUGCAGCAGGUGCUCCCCGUGGUGCGAGUUCCGCGGAGAGGGCGAGCCACAGGCCUGUGGUCCCGCCGCCAUCUGGGUGCCCGAGACAGGACAGCAGCGCCAUCAAUAAAAACGCAAUAGUGCCCAAGGCUCCAAGCGGCCUGGAGACACCCCCGAACUAACCAGUACCUGUGCUCGUUUACACCGAAACCCCACGGCACGGAGAGGAUUUUUCGGGAAAUGCCGUGGCAGUGGUGGUGCUCGAGCCACAGGGAUCCGCAGUGGGUUCUGUUUGUCAGAACCAUGUGCGCCCAGGAUCCCCAUCUCCUACCCCAAUGGCCCCGCUUUAGGAAUCAGCUCUGAGGAGAGAGCCCCCAGGAGCCUGUCCUUUGGACACGUACGCUGCCCUGGCCGGGGCUCGGGGGUGGGAGUGGGGUCUGUACGCCCAAAGGCUGUGGCUUGAUUCCCGUCAGGGUCCAUACCGAGGUUGUGGGUUCAAUCCCCGAUAGGGGCAACCAGUGUUUCUCUCUUCCCCUUCCUCUCUCUCUCAAAACAAUAAAAACAUCCUGGAGUGA